AUGACAGGAAUUAUUUUAUUUAAUUAUGAUCGUAAUUCUAUUCAAAACGACGAAUACCGUUGCUAUGAAGUUAAUAACCAUAGGAUAACCGUGAUAGGUAAAGGUUGCACCGGCAAGACCUCGUUGAUUUUAAGACUGGUUCAUGAACCAAAUAAUACAAGCAAAAUAGCAUCUGGUGAAGAGAGAUGUACAGAAGACGUGUUCUCUAAAACAAUUGGUUGCCAAAGUUUGAUCGACUAUAUCAACGAGCAUAAAGGAGAUAAAGAUUUCAAGUGUGAUCCAAAUCUAAUAGAAGAAUUGGAAACAAAAAGAAAAUACGGCACAACUAAGAUCCAAGUGCUCGAUUCUUCGUUUGCUAUUGAUAAAGAAGAUAUAAAUGAUGAGUUUAAUCCAAUAAGGAUCAUGCAAUUAAAACAGUCAGAUUCCUUCAUAUUUUGCUUUGAAUCUACUAGCGUCGAAUCAUUGAUGGAAUUGACAAGUUAUUACUAUGAUAUUUUAAAAGUAUAUGAUAAUGACGUAAGCCGUUUGCCUCCAAUUACUUUUGUUUGUACCAAAACAGAUUUAGCCUACAAUAUUCUAGCAGAAGAUAUUCAACACUUUGCAGAUGAAAUUGGUCUGGAAAUAGUAAGAAAUAAAAAUUUCUUCGAAGUAUCAACAACAAUCGAUUAUUCAAUAGUGUUUGAUGAUUUAUUGGUAAAUAUUGUUUUGGAAAUUGAGAAUUUUAAAUACAAUAGAAGAAUGGAGCUAGAAGAGGCAGAAAUUUCAUUAGGGAUAAAUGAACCAGAAACAAUACAUUGUGAUACUGAGAAAGAUGAUAUCAUGGAAAAUUCAAAUUCUCUAGUGGAUAAUUUUACAUGUUCCAGCGUCACCGAUGAUACAAAAGUGGAUAAAAAGGUUACAACUGUUGAAAAGAAAGUAAAGCCAGCGGCUCCUUCCAAGAGGUCGGUUGAAAAGAGGAGCACAGAGGUGACUCCAAAAAAGAAAUCACAGACUACAUGUUGUGUCAUCGCUUGA